AUGAAUGCUAUUGAGAAGACGAUAAGGAAGCGAUCGCCUGAACCCGAUUUGAUUGAUAGGAAUUACGAAAAAAAGAAAAAUGGAGGUGAAGUAGCUUGCUAUAAAAUUAUUAUGAUGAUUGGCUUAUAUUAUCCACUUUCGAUCGGACUAACUUUUUAUCAGAAAUGGUUUAUCAAGAGCUACAAACUUCCACUUCUUAUUGUCGCGGGUCAUUAUUUAUUGAAAUUUUUUAUGGCUAUUAUUAUUCGAUGGGUGUUUGAAAUAUUCAAAGAAAAACGCAUACGUAUAUCGUUUUAUGAGCAAUGCAGAUGGCUUGUACCUAUCGGCAUUUGUGCCUCGCUUGACAUAGGACUGUCCAAUUGGGCCUUGGAAUAUAUUACAGUAAGUUUAUAUACCAUGGCUAAGUCGAGUUGUAUACUUUUUAUAGUUGCAUUUUCUUUAUUUCUUCGACUGGAGCGUUGGAAACCAAUUCUUGGUGUAUCAGCUACUCUUAUAGCUGUUGGAUUAUUUUUAUUUACUUGGAGGUCCACACAACUUGAUGUUCGAGGUCUUUUGUUAAUUGAACUUGCGGCUGCCUGUACAGGUGUUCGAUGGACUUUUUCUCAAUUGAUUAUGCAACGUGAAGAUCAAGCCAUACGGCAUCCACUUGAUAUGGUUGUACACGUUCAGCCAUGGAUGUUUUUGACUGUUCUUCCUCUUCUCUUUGUUUUCGAAGGUUCAGAACUUUCUUAUCAAUCAGUAUUUUAUUAUCGUGGAGUUUUUGCACCUUACCAAAUUUUUCUAUAUAUUCUGGUUGGUGGUGUUUUGGCUUUUGCGUUGGAAAUAUCAGAAUAUUUUCUAUUAGUGUUUACCUCUGGAAUAACGCUCAAUAUAUUUGGUAUUAUUAAGGAAGUGGUGACGCUUCUUCUAGCUCAUUUUAUUAACGGAGAUCGCUUGACAAUGAUUAAUAUUUUUGGUUUGUUAUUAUGUCUCAGCGGAAUGUCGUUGCACGGUGCGUCAAAUCGACAUAAAUCAAAAAGACGAUUAUCAUUUUCAAAGGAUCGAAAUUCUCUCGACUGUCAGUCCCUUUUAGCUGUUGUUAGUUUAGCUUUAUUUUCUAAACCAUUUAAGAAUAUUUCCUUUUAG